CCACAUUGCGGCAGGAUCCCCAGUUGCCAGCAUCUGAGCCCCCACGCGGUGAGGGGUCGGACACAUCAAGAGAUUGGAUGUUUGUCCAAGGCCGCACAGACUGUAGCAGCCGUCAGCUGUGCCCCUGAAGCCCAUAGACUCCACAGACCCCACAGACCCCACCUGAGAUGUCUUCUUUUGCUUGCUGGAGCCUGUCUCUUCUUAUCCUGUUCUACAGCCCAGGGUCUGGUGAGAAGGCCUUUGAGGUCUACAUAUGGUCCGAGAAGCAGAUAGUAGAAGCCACAGAGUCUUGGAAAAUCAACUGCAGCACCAGCUGUGCGGCCCCAGACGUGGGUGGCCUGGAGACGCCCACGAAUAAGAUUAUAUUGGAUGAGCACCCUCAAGGGAAGUGGAAGCAGUUCUUAGUCUCCAACGUCUCCAAAGACACGGUCUUCCUCUGCCAUUUCACCUGUUCGGGAAAGCAGCAGUCGGACAGUCUCAACAUCAGGGUGUACCAGCCUCCAGCUCAAGUCACCCUGAAGCUGCAGCCGCCUCGGGUGCUUGUGGGUGAAGACUUCACCAUCGAGUGCACGGUGUCCCCUGUGAAGCCCCUUGAGAGACUCACCCUCUCUCUGCUCCGUGGCAGAGAGACCCUGAAGAAUCAGACCUUUGGGGGAGCAGAAACUGUCCCCCAAGAGGCCACAGCCACGUUCAACAGCACAGCUCUGAAAAAGGACGGUCUUAACUUUUCCUGCCAGGCUGAGCUGGAUCUACGGCCCCAUGGUGGGUAUAUCAUCCGCAGCAUCUCGGAGUACCAGAUCCUUGAAGUCUAUGCACUGGCACAGAAGACGGACAGGCACCUACAGGGUGCUAGCUGCCUGGAGGAGGCUGCCCCGAGCCUUGCGGGCACGUCCCGAGUGAGCCGACGUUGCCAGGCCCCUGGUGGUUUCCAGAACUCAACAUGGCACCUUCAAGGUGUGGUUCAGCACUGGCUGAAGGACUGUGGCAGCAGCAGAAAAUGCUGGGGACAUUUCCUCUCCUUUUCAGCCUCAAUACAAACACCUGGAUUUCACCCUGUGCCUGCCAUGACUGCUCCGGGGAUAACAGUUAAGACCUAUGCCAGGGAAGGUACUAAGUGCCUCCUGUUUACAACCAGUGUCUCUUCAGCUCUUCCCACCCCUUGCUCUUUCCCAGGGCUUUCUGGAGGCUCUGCAUCCCAGACCCCAGACAUCUACCCACACCAUUUAGGAGCAAAUUAUUUCCUCCUGAGGUCCCAUAAGGUGAAGGACAUUCUGUUCACACCUGACCCUGGGGACCUCAUGCUGCUCCUGGUUGAAUCAGGACACAGCCCUGACUCUCCUUUCUGCCAACACUAAGAGGAGGCUCAAGGGAGCUGAAUCCGCUGCAGGGGCCUCCUGAUCUGGGUCCCUCUCCAUCCAUGCUGCCCUCUGGGACUCUUAAGGAGUUUGGAGAUGUGAGCGAUCCUUUUCUCUCUUCCCCUAUUUCAGGCCUAGGGAUGAAGACACAACAGCCUUCAUCAUCCCAGAGAGAGGCAGAGACCAGCUGGGCUCU